GUUAGCUCAGCUGCACUACUCCCUCCCGAAGCUCAGACUCAAGAGAUUGCUCAGCAGGCUACUUGGAGAAAACCGAAAGCAACACAAACAGCUGUGACAGAAAUGUCUGGGUUUGGGAACAAGUUGAGUGGAUAUACAAUGACCCAGUUACAUGAACUACUAGAAGACGAUGACAAGCUCAAUAAGAUUGUUGGAGAUAUGGAGGAGGUCCAGAACGUCCAGCAGAGCAAAGAGAUCACCCUGGCCGGCAACCGCAGCCUGGCCGAGCAGAACCUCCAGCUCCAGCCGCAGUUAGACUUCCAGAAGAACGAGCUGACCAAACGCUACCGCUGUCUCCAGGAGCUCUACGAGGCCUACCAACUCCGCAAGUCCACGCUAGAUGAUCUGUCUGGGAACAGCUCUUUAGACACAUUGCUCGCGUUGCUGCAGGCAGAAGGAGCCAAGAUCGAGGAGGAAACGGAGAACAUGGCUGAUUCCUUUUUGGAUGGGAACAUUUCUUUGGAUGCAUUCAUCGACGACUAUCGGAACAAAAGAAAGCUAGCCCAUUUGCGACGGGUGAAGAUCGAUAAGCUCCGUGAGCUGGUGCUAAAGGGACCGUCGGUGCCCCUGCCCCCAGUCCCAUCCUCUCGUCCCCCGGAGCUGCCGGCUAAACCCUCCCCCUUGCGCAUGGAGCCCAGCUCCAGCAACAUCAGCUCCCCGGUGCCCCAACCCAGGCGAGCCCCACCACCUCCACCCCUCAGGACUCCGCCUGCCCCUCCCGCCACAGCCGCCCAGGCCGCCCCGGUGUUCUCCUACCCUACCCCCUCCUACCCACCCGUCCCCCCCAGAGUGGGCCAAUCUGUGCCCAGCUUUAAUCAGGGUUACCCACAACACGCCUUCAUGCCCCAGUACCCGCCUGCACUUCCCCAGAGGCCCCCGCCUCGCAUAGUCCCGCAGCCUGGCUUCAUCAUCCAGUGAUGACACAGCAGCAGGGUGUUUGCUGGGAAAGAAGAUACGUGCACAUGUGGACUUACACGCUGGCGCCUUGUUUUUCCUGUAUGAGGUCUGCAGUGUCUACACCUCUGGACAUAUCGUUGCACAUCCAGGCUGCCAAUAGAGUCUGCUGACAUUGGAUGGUAUGGACAAUGCAUAAGACAGACAGAAGAGAAAAUAUCGCCACAAAUUUGCACUUGCAGCUUGUGUAUUCCCUUUCCCCAGUUAUUUUUCCAAUUCAAACUUGUUUGUUGUUACUAUGAAAAAAGUUAGGUUGCUUCAUCCAAUGCUCAGAAGGAAAGUUUAAAGAGAGGCAGCUGGAGUUGCCGAUUACUCAGCCUACUCAUAUUACAGACAAUGUCCUACAGAUCCUGAACAUAUCCUGGCUUCUAUGACGAGCUUAUGUUAUUUUACUUUUUUACAUGUGUUCGAAUUUGUGUAUGUUCUAUUGCAUUUCAAAUAUGAACAGCAUUUUAAUUUGUGAAAUGGAAAAAGCCUAUGCACAAAGACAAAGACUGCACUGUUUUGGUGAGAAAGGAAGAGCGAACGAAAAAUCACACACAAAACAAAAAAACAUUUUUGGUCACACACACAAAAAAACAUUUUACAUACAGGUUACAUGCACAAGCACAACCUGGACUCCAAGAUGUUUCUCCUGGUUGAUUUUUUUUAUUUUUUUUUUUAUUUUUUUUACAACUGGAUUUGAGUCCUUGUCUUUUGAGUGUGCUAUGGCUAUGGCUAUACAUGUUGGAAUGGUAAGCUAAGGUGUGCCACUUGUAGUAGGCCAUUCAGGAAAACUGGAUUAUUGAGAAAGGGCUUUGAUGCAGGAGGUAAUCCAGCGAAAUCCUGUUGAGGAGAUGACCGUGUUGCUGCUUCAAAUGUCUCAGGGCAGGAACACAUUGAACUGUGAGUGUGUGUGUGUGUGUGUGUGUGUGCGUGCGUGCGUGCGUGCAUGCAUAUGUGUGCGUUUUGGGGAGUAUGCAAGGGGGCAUAUAUAGGUGUCUGCUUGCACUGUCUUUGCCAUCUGUGUAUGUACACUGAAUAUUUUACCAUUGAUUAAAAUAACCUGUUAUCUGUAAACAUUGUCUUCUAACGAAUAUGGUCUCAUCACAUCUCUUAAUGCUUUAUUAGCAACGACUGACCAACUCUCAGAGAUAAUCACCUAAGACUUCAUUUUUCCAUUCAUCAUUGUCAUGCACUUGUAUGAUGGUGUCUACAGGUUCCAAUCACACAUUAUUUUGAUACAGUUUGUGUAGCCUUGCAGUCAUUGGUGAAUUCAUUAAAAUAUAAUCAAAUAUAGGAUGAGUAUACACAAUCACAUGAAUCAUGCCUUACUGGCAUCCAGAUCCAUCCUACACUGUUGCUUGAAGUCACUGAGUGCCUUUUCAGUGUGCAUGCUGUCACACCUGUCAUAGUACUUCCAAGCUGUCCUCAGCUAGUACGCCAACACCUUUGUAGGUACAUACCAGGCUUCACAUGUAAUUUGGUACACCUGUUAAGCAGGGAUGUGGUGAAGUCUGUUUUCAUUUCUUACUCUGAAUGGCAUCUCAGACAGGCUUGGCAGGGUUGGGUUCUGAGAGAAGAGAUCCUUUUUGGAAGGUGUAUGCUGGUUAUUCCUUUGCAGUGGUUGGGAAUGAAUCUAUCAACAUUUGCAUCUGAGUUUAGAACAAUUGAGAAGGUUAUUUUUCCUUUCUUAUAUGGGGUGCACUUUGACAAGAGGGGACGAAUUGUGGGAGGUGUGUGUGUGUUUCUUUCGAUAAUUUGAAAAAACUAUUAAAUAAUUGUAAACCACCCUAGACCAGCAUUUACCACUCCUCUGAUAUGUUUGUUGUGUUCAUUAUAUACAGGUUUUCACCACAUUACAUUUUUUGCCUUCCUGGGAAAAUUUCCAGACAGCUAUGUAAUAAAAUCUACUCUUUUUGUAUGCCCCUUAUGUAUUACAGGACAUUAUUAUUAUAAAAAUUAAACUGAUAUUGCAUCGGUUUUUAGUGGUGGUUGGAAUUGCUUUGGUUGGUUUUGAGAGUAAUUAAUGCAAAAAAUAAAAAUUCAUUCAUUUUAUUUUUUAUUUGCAUUGUUUCUUUCUAAAGAAAUGUUGGCCCUAUGUAGUUGGACCUUGUGCGAGCAAAUGUGUAAAAAGUACCUCAAACAAAGUAUCAAUAAUUAAAAACAGGACAUGGAACAAUGGUUUUUGUUUUUACAUUUUGCAAAAAUGUUAAGCAUUUUUCAAGGAGCAUAAUCUAAUGGCUGUCUAUAACACAAAGUUGGUGCUUCAGUUCGGUAUAAAGAGUUAUGUCUAUGUCUGUACACAAGCCAGGGAUGAGACCAGGGGCCAGAAGGGCUACAAUGCAAUGAAACAAACUUUUGAAAUGUCUGGUUAUGCUUAAUAUGAAUUUGAAUGUUAACAUUGAACUUUUUGGGAUGGGGUCUAUUUCAGCCCUGUGAAUAGGUGUACCCUGAAAAACAAUGCAUUGUAAUAUAUUAAACAAUACAGGACUAUGUUCAUGGUAUGGAG